CGCAGUCGUAGUCAAACACGGGUCGGAGUAAUUGUUACUUUUAUUUUUUUGUAAGUGCAAAAACAAAAACAAUUGCUAGCGCAUAAAUACGUGUGCAGCAUGAGCAUUUGUUUACGAGCGUGCACGAGUGUGAAGUGAAUGUAAAUACAAGUGACUUCUCAUUGAACACACAACGUAAGGCAAAGAGGGGCAACAACAAGUGCGCGCUGUGACAAACAAAACACAAGAAAUUUCGAAAAGAAACUCAACUCACAGCUUGACUGAUUAAUAACUAUGACGGAGCAAAUAACGGAGAAUUGGAGCUAUUAUGUGUAUAUAACUUUAACAUUGGUUCCAGUCUAUUUGGCAUUUCAGCUCAUUAAGUUUUUGGGCUGGCAGCUAUUCGUGAACAACUGAGCAAAUAUCAUAGAAAACUAAAACUAAAGAAGCAGCAGAGCAGCGGAGCAGCAGCUACGCAAACUACAAACAUUGGAAAAGUGUGGCCCAAGUCGGUGCCCCACACCAGAGACGGCAAAACUCUUCAAGCUGCUGCUGCUGCUGCUGCCGCCGCUGUGUGGCAGCAACUCAAGGUGCGUAGUCACUUCAAGGCACUCGUUGCAUGCAGUCGAGUCGAGCUCUGACGAAAACAGGAGACAGCUAGACAGACAGACAGACAGACAGAGAGACACUCAAGGAAUACUCAAGGAGCUGAAGCUGCUGCCUGAGUACUGCUGGAGAGCCAAAGCAUUCAGCGUGGAUAAUAUAAAAACAUAAUUUGCCUAAGUAAAUAUGUUUAAACUGCAAUAACAAACUAAAGGCAAAGGACUGCGCAUAGCGAAUCGAGUGGGAGAGUGAGAGCAACAGCUGCGUGGCAAGUGGCACAGCUGCGUGGCAAGUGGCAAGCGCCGCUGACCGCAAACAAAAGCAAAGCAAUCAACGUCAUAAGCAAGUGCAACAACUGCAACGACGCCGCCAAUUGUAAAACUCGCAGCAAACUCAAACAGCAAACAGCAAACGCCAAAGCCACA